AACUGCCCUCUUCUCAUUUUUUUCCACUCUCUCUCUCUCUUGUAAUAAACAGAGCUACCCGCUGGCUAUUUAUUUCCACAUGUACUUAUCUCUCUCUCUCACUCUCUCUCUCUCUCUCUCUCUGCUUGAAGGUUGAUAUCGAUCCUUAACCAUGAAGCAAAAGAUCGUCGUGAGGGUGCAAUUCAACUGCGAUAAAUGCAGAUCCAAGGCCCUGCGGAUUGCUGCUUCUGCAUACGGAGUGACGUCGGUGGCGAUAGGAGGAGGGGAUAAGGAUGAAGUGGUGGUGACGGGGGAAGGAGUUGACCCGACGACCCUCACCGCCUCCCUGCGCAAGAAGUUUCGCUUCGCCACCAUCCGCAGCGUCCAAGAACUUGAAGAGGAUACUAGAACUGAACGCCACUCAUCAAAUGACCAAACUACCCCCUCUGCCCCCACUGAUCAGUACUGUUGGCCAUUCAAUUAUUAUACGUAUUGGUAUCCCCCAUCUCCACCUUACCACCUGCUUUACCACGCAUACCCAUCUGCUUCCCCUCCUUCCACCUGCUCCUUCAUGUAAUGAAGCUAGAUUAUGCUUAAUUAAUUACUUAAUACGUGCAUCCAUCAACAUGGAUGUGAUUAAUUUUUUAUUUUGAUUUAUGUUUCCAUUAGUUUGGAUCAAUAAUAUUAAUUAUAGUGAUAUUGCUGUUUUUGAAUUU